AUGACUUUGGCUGUGCCAACGACCCGCGAGGUUGCCGCCGAAAAGCGUCAGCUCUCUAUUCCUGACUCUUUGAUUCCUGGAAUCAACGACAACAUCACUUCGAUUCUGCAAAACAUUCUGGGACCACUUCCCAUCCUCCAGGCGCCCACCCCUGCCCUGAGCUCGCCGCCAUUCAAGCAGCUGAGCAUCAAGCCAAAGAAGGUCGGCUACUAUUGGACUGGUGCUGAGGACAGGAAGCACAAAGACUUCCUCGCUGUCGUGUCUCACGACGAUGACACUUUCGGUCAAUUCGUCAACAUUGCCGAGGUUCCCACCUCUGGUAACGAGCCUCACCACAUCGGUGCGAGUGCCGACGGCAAGACCCUCGUCGGUGGUGGUCUGCUCUCUCUACUCAAGACUCAAGACACCGCCUUCUACUUUGACAUCUCUGACCCAUACGCACCCAAAUUCAAGAAGAGCAACAGAGCUUUGCUGGCAUCAAUCACCGAUGAGAUCCGUGCCAAGCCCGACGGUGGUUUCUUCAUCACCUACAUGGGCUCCGCUGCCGGUACCUCCCCAGGUCGUCUCGUCGAGACCAACGCCGACUUUGACAUCAUCGGUCAAUGGCCUCAAUCUCUUGACUCCAUCAACGCUCUUACUCAGCAGUUCAGCCCUCAUGGUCUGUCCAUCGACUGGAAGAACAACUGGAUCCUGACUUCCGACUACGUCGUUCCCCUCUCCGUCCUCAAGCCUUCCACUGGUAUUCAGCGUGCCAACACCCUUCGUCUCUGGACCCUCCACAACCGUGAGAUCGUCAACACCAUCACGAUCCCCCGCGGAGGUGGAAUUCAGGACGUCAAGUUCAUCCCCAACAACCCCGAUGGUGCAGCUAUUGCCACUGCUGUCCACCUCGGUCAGAUCUGGAUCAUCUACCCCAACCGUAAGGAUGCCAACGGCAAGCAGGGCACCGCCGAGCUGCUCUUCGACCUCGGCCCCCGCGCUCGUGACAGCACUGCCAUCUACACUGCUGUUUCCAACGACGGCAAGUUCCUGUACGGCUCCAUCACCACCGGCAACCACGUCUUUGCCUUGGACAUCAGCGACUUGAAGAACAUUAAGCGUCUGGACAACCCCGACGAGCAACAGAAGUCAGCUGGUGGCGUUCCCGUUCUCGGACCUCACUUCUUGUCUCUGUCCCCAGACCAAAAGACGCUGACCGUCACCGACUACUUUGUCCGCACCGGCGACAUUGGUAUCCUCAACACACCAGGAAACUACUUUUCUCACGUCAUCGACAUUCUCCCCAACGGUGGAUUGAGCUUCAACCGUACCAUCGACUUUGCUGGCCGUUUCCCUGACCGCGGUGGUGCUCGUCCUCACUCCAGCACCGUCUUUGACUUCACCGACCCAGAGAACCCCAAGUGGUCUUACUAA